CACAGGACAAAAUGAAUAAUUAAGUUUUAAUCACAAGUUUUGUUAAUAUUUCCCUUAACAACUGUGUAAGAUGAGCCAAGCGGUAUCAGGCACGGAGGAGUACGACGUAUGCCGCACUCCGGCCGCGGCGUGAGUCGUGCGCGGCGUACUAAUAUGCAGUUUAGCACUGGAGGCGGCAUUUCGUCGCUGUCGCCGUCGUCGCGCGACGCCGUCGUGGACCCCAUCGCCGAGCUGCUGUCGCAACUGUCGGGAGUGCGGCGCGGGGCCGGCCAGCCCGGCACGCCCAGCCAGCUGCAGCAGCUACAGAUGCAGCUGCAACUCGAGCGCCAACAGGCCACGUUUAAUCACCGACAGGCGGCUCGACAACAGUUGGAGCGACUGCCUCGGCGCGCAGGCGGAGCGACCGGUGGAGCCAGCGGUAGCGCGCCCCCGCCCGCGCCGCAGCCUGCCGUCGCGCAGCCCCAACCACAACCCGAACCUAGCGAUUCACAAUUUCUCCUUUCUGGCUUUCUCGGCGCCAGCGAUAGUCAGGCGGGCCCCGAGGCGGAGAGCCGCGCGGCGCUGCUGCGCGGACUGGUGCUAGCGUCGCUGGGGCGCGCGGCGCCGGCGUGGCGACCGCCCCCGCCGGCCGCGCCGCCCGCGCCGGCGGCCCCGCGCGCGCCCGCGCCGCCGCCGACGCCGCUAGCGGUGGCGGCGCGCGUGAAGCCGGCGGCGCGCAGCAAGGUGGCGUGCCGGGGCGAGGCGGAGGCGGAGCGCGUGUGA